AGGCAUUAAACAAAUUUAUAUCUCGUUAUUAUUAAUUGCAAUGACUAAAUUGCAAUGUUUUAUAAAAAUGAACACUAUCUUGUAAUAUCUUUAAUCGUGUAAUAGAAAAAAAGGUUAUGUCGCACGGUACAACAUUAGCACAAUAUGGUCGGUGUAAAAUUUUAUACGACAAGUAUUUUUCGAAUAUAGAUUAUUAUUAAGAUCAUCACAAUUAUCGAUUUAUUCAAUUAAUAUGAUAUAUUAGUAUGUUUAUGUGUUUUAAAAUAAAUGAAAAUGAGCUGGUCUUAAUUUAUUAUACUACAUUGGAAUUCAUUUGUAAGAAUAGGUAAUAAAGUGAACAUUAUCCUUGUGUGACUUUUUUGUGAAUCAUCUUGAUAAUAUAUAUUCAUUAUAAGUUUCACAAUUAAGUCAGUUUAGUUUGAGCCAUAAGAUAUAAUUAGCUACUUGUGUGAUUGAAGUUAUUUACAUUCAAAAUAUUAGCAGUGAUAUACACUGAUAUUAAAAAUGGAUGUCAGUAUAUUAUUCAGAGACUGUGUAAAAACUGUUAAUUUACAGGAUAAAAAUUUAGGAUCUUCUAGUUUUACUAAACCAUUGAAAAAGACAAAAAGUAAAAGUUCUUUUUACAUCAAAACCCAAGCUGUUGUAGCACAAAUAACAAAACUUAGAGAAUUUUUAUUAGAAAAUCGGAAAGCUUAUUUAAAUUUUUCCAAUUAUUUUUCUAACAUACCACGUAUGACCGAUACUGAUCGUGAUAAAAUUGAUGCAGGAGCUCAAACAAUUAUGAGUACAUGUUCUCAGCUUAUUAAAGAAUUGAAGAGAGAAAUUGCAUUUUCAGAAGUUUCUAGACAAAAUAUGGAACAUCGUGAAAUUGUUUUGCUCUUGAUUGAGGAUUAUUUGAAAAAUGUUUGUAAAAUUUAUUCAGAACAAAAAGCCAUAAGAGUAAAACAAGCUUUAGAAAUGAGGAAUAUAUCUAAACUUGAAUUAGAUACAAAACCAAACAAAAUUAUGGAAAUGGAUAAUAAAAGGUCUGUUUCAAAUUUAAUUGAAAAAACAAAUAACACUGAAAAUCAGAGCAAUUCAAGCAAAUUGAAUCCCAUGAAAGUUCAAGAAAUUAAUGAAGAUGUUAAUACUCUUUUAUAUGAAGAAUUGUCACCUGAAGAUAUCCAGAUGCUUGAGUCAGAAAAUGAACAAUUAUAUAAUGAACUUUGUACAAUAACGGAGGAGGUCAAACAAAUUGAAAGUAAAGUAGUUCAUAUAGCUGAAUUACAAGAAAUAUUUACAGAAAAGGUAUUAGAUCAAGAUAAAGAUCUUGAUCGACUAAUGACAACGGUCGUUGGAUCUACUGAAAAUGUAAAAGAAGCUAACGAACAGAUUCGACAAGCUAUUCAAAGGAAUGCUGGGCUUAGAGUGUGGAUUCUUUUUUUCCUAUUAGUUAUGUCAUUUUCUUUACUUUUCCUCGAUUGGUAUAAUCCCUAAAUUAAAUUAAAUUUUCCAAAAUAUUACAAUAUAUUAAAAUAGAGCGAAAUAUUUUGUACAUGUUCUAU